AUGGUCACCCUGUUGGUCCCCAAAUAUGAUAUUCUGUGUUCUCCCCCCCAAACUACUGGGUAUCUGGGAAUGCAGCCUGUCGACUCCCAGUUGCAGGAAUUGUGCCAGUUAGACAACAAGGAAGAAUCAGGUGCCCCUUGGCACAUCCUCCUGGCAGGCAGGUAUAAAGGGCCCCCUGGCACUCAGCCCCUGCCCUUGUCCUUCGCUGCCCAAAGCCCCGACCCAGCGGCUUCCAGCAUGGCACACAGCUGUUUCUCUGGGCCCCGAAUGCCCUCAGCCUCCGCCAACUCUGUCUGCUCCAGUGAUGUGAGCUGCAGCAGCAACGUCUGCAUGCCCAGCUCGUGCCUGGGGGGCUCCUCCUGGCAGCUGGACGACUGUCCAGAGAGCUGCUGUGAGCCUUGCGGCGGCUGUGGCCCCUCCUGCUGCCCAGCCCCUUGCUACCCGCCUGCAUCCUGCUUCACCCUCAUGUGCCGGCCAGUCUGCUGCAUGCCCGCCUCCUGCCAGCCCUGCCGAGCUGUCUGCACCCCCUCCUGCUGCCAGUCCACUGACUGUGGGGCUUCCUGCUGCCAAGCAUGUCCCAUUGUCCCCAUGCAGUCCUGUUGCUGUGUGCCUGUAUGCUGUAAGCCCAGCUACUGUGUGACCUCAGCCUGCCCAGCCUCCUCCUGCUGCCAGCCUCCCUGCUGUGUGUCCCUCACCUGUCGGCCAGUGUGCAGCCCAGCCACCUGCUGUGUGCCUCUGUCCUGCAAACCCACCUGCUGCACCACCUCCUCCUCCUCCUCCUGCUGCUGUGGCCCCUCCAGCUGCUAUCCCACCUCCUGUGUGUCUCUCAUCUGCCAGCCAGUGUGCAAACCAGCCACCUGCUGUGUGCCUCUCUCCUGCAAACCCACCUGCUGCACCACCUCCUCUUCCUCCUGCUGCUGUGCCCCCUCCUGCUGCCGCCCCACCUCCUCUGUGUCCCUCAUCUGCCGGCCCACCUGCUGCAGACCCUCCUGCUGCUCCACCUCCUGUGGCCAGAAAUCCUGCUGUUGA